UGGAUCGCUGGUGUUGGGGCGGGCAGUAAAUCAAGGGUGGGGCCAGCGAGGGGAGGAGGAAAGCAAGGACUGAGAGAGGCAAGAGCGUGGCUCCGAUCCCAGUUAACCUGCUGGAGCCCAUCCUGCCUGCUCAGAGCCCCUGCACCAACUCACCCAGUCCCCUCUCUCCAUCCUCCUCCGCCUUCGUUCCCCGUUUCCUCUCCUUCUCUGGCUGCCUCCUCCCCCUACCCCCCUAACCCCCGCCCCCCGUCCCCCGCCCCCCGCCACUCUCCAUCGGACCGGAGGACGAAUGAGGAAGACGUGCCCGCAAAUUGGGACAUCAACUUUCCCCAGCUGGUCUCUGGGCUCCGGGAGCAGAAGCGCGCCGGUCCUCCGCCGUCCGCGGCCCACGAAGGAGGAGCAGCAGCGGUGAUGGGCUAGCGGCUGAAGCGAGGAGCCCCGAGCGAGCCCCGCGUCGCCAGCCAGCUCCGCGUUCCCACGCCCGCGCCCUCGAAAUCUCUCCGGGGGGGUGGGGGGAGCGCUCAGGGGUGCCGCCGCCGAGCAUCCCAGGGAGGAUGAGGCAGGGAGCCGGCCCGGGCGCGCUGCAUCUGGCGGGCGUGCGGCCGCGGCUGGGGCUCGGCAGGAAUUAAGAAGCCGAGAAGAUGGAGAGCCGCGCACUCCUCGCCCAGCCCGGGCUCCGGACCAGGGACACCGGCUGGGCGCUCCUCUAUUUCCUCUGCUGCGUCCUCCCCCAGACCGCCCCGCAAGUACUCAGAAUCGGAGGGAUUUUUGAAACUGUGGAAAACGAACCUGUUAAUGUUGAAGAAUUAGCAUUCAAGUUCGCAGUCACCAGCAUUAACAGAAAUCGAACCCUGAUGCCUAACACCACGUUAACCUAUGACAUCCAGAGAAUUAAUCUUUUUGAUAGUUUUGAAGCCUCACGGAGAGCCUGCGACCAGCUGGCUCUUGGUGUGGCUGCUCUCUUUGGCCCUUCCCACAGUUCCUCUGUCAGCGCUGUGCAGUCAAUUUGCAAUGCUCUCGAAGUUCCACACAUACAGACCCGCUGGAAACACCCAUCGGUGGACAACAAAGACUUGUUUUACAUCAACCUGUACCCAGAUUAUGCAGCUAUCAGCAGGGCGGUCCUGGAUCUGGUCCUCUACUACAACUGGAAAACAGUGACAGUGGUGUAUGAAGACAGCACAGGCCUCAUUCGUCUACAAGAGCUCAUCAAAGCUCCCUCCAGAUAUAACAUUAAAAUCAAAAUCCGCCAGCUGCCCUCUGGGAAUAAAGAUGCCAAGCCUUUACUCAAGGAGAUGAAGAAGGGCAAGGAGUUCUAUGUGAUAUUUGAUUGUUCACAUGGGACAGCUGCUGAAAUCCUUAAGCAGAUUCUGUUCAUGGGCAUGAUGACUGAGUACUAUCACUACUUUUUCACAACCCUGGACUUAUUUGCUUUAGAUCUGGAACUCUAUAGGUACAGUGGUGUAAACAUGACCGGGUUUCGGCUGCUUAAUAUUGACAACCCUCGCGUGUCCUCCAUCAUUGAGAAGUGGUCCAUGGAGAGACUGCAGGCCCCCCCCAGACCAGAGACUGGCCUUUUGGAUGGCAUGAUGACAACUGAAGCGGCUCUGAUGUAUGAUGCCGUGUACAUGGUGGCCAUUGCCUCCCACCGGGCUUCCCAGCUGACCGUCAGCUCCUUACAGUGUCAUCGACACAAGCCAUGGCGCCUUGGACCCAGAUUUAUGAACCUAAUUAAAGAGGCUCGGUGGGAUGGCCUGACCGGGCGUAUCACCUUCAAUAAAACCGAUGGCUUGAGGAAGGAUUUUGAUCUGGAUAUCAUUAGUCUCAAAGAGGAAGGAACUGAAAAGGCUGCUGGCGAAGUGUCUAAACACUUAUAUAAAGUGUGGAAGAAGAUUGGGAUUUGGAACUCCAACAGUGGCCUUAACAUGACCGAUGGCAACAAAGACAGGUCCAACAAUAUCACCGAUUCACUGGCCAACCGAACACUCAUAGUCACCACCAUUUUGGAAGAACCCUAUGUGAUGUACAGGAAAUCUGAUAAGCCUUUGUAUGGAAAUGACAGAUUUGAAGGGUAUUGCCUGGAUCUGUUGAAAGAAUUGUCAAACAUCUUGGGCUUCAUUUAUGAUGUCAAACUCGUCCCUGAUGGCAAAUAUGGAGCCCAGAAUGACAAAGGAGAGUGGAAUGGAAUGGUCAAAGAACUUAUAGAUCAUAAGGCUGAUCUGGCAGUGGCUCCUCUAACCAUUACCUAUGUUCGGGAGAAAGUCAUUGACUUCUCCAAGCCCUUCAUGACCCUGGGUAUCAGCAUUCUCUACCGGAAGCCCAAUGGUACCAAUCCAGGAGUGUUCUCCUUCCUCAACCCCCUGUCUCCUGACAUUUGGAUGUAUGUGCUCUUAGCCUGCUUGGGAGUCAGUUGUGUACUCUUUGUGAUUGCAAGGUUUACACCCUACGAGUGGUAUAACCCCCACCCAUGCAACCCUGACUCAGAUGUGGUGGAAAACAAUUUUACUUUACUAAAUAGUUUCUGGUUUGGAGUUGGCGCUCUCAUGCAGCAAGGAUCAGAGCUGAUGCCCAAAGCUCUAUCAACCAGAAUAGUUGGCGGGAUAUGGUGGUUUUUCACCUUAAUCAUCAUUUCAUCCUACACUGCCAACCUGGCUGCCUUCUUGACAGUGGAGAGAAUGGAAUCCCCCAUAGAUUCAGCAGAUGAUCUGGCAAAGCAAACCAAGAUAGAAUAUGGGGCAGUCAGAGAUGGAUCCACAAUGACCUUCUUCAAGAAAUCAAAGAUAUCUACCUAUGAGAAGAUGUGGGCAUUUAUGAGCAGCAGGCAGCAGACAGCCCUGGUAAAAAACAGUGAUGAAGGGAUCCAACGAGUACUCACCACUGACUAUGCCCUAUUGAUGGAGUCCACCAGCAUUGAGUAUGUGACGCAGAGAAAUUGCAACCUCACUCAGAUUGGGGGCCUCAUUGACUCCAAAGGUUAUGGAGUGGGAACACCUAUCGGCUCUCCUUACCGGGAUAAAAUCACUAUCGCUAUCCUUCAACUACAAGAGGAGGGCAAACUGCAUAUGAUGAAAGAAAAGUGGUGGCGGGGAAAUGGCUGCCCAGAGGAAGACAGCAAAGAGGCCAGUGCUCUGGGAGUAGAAAAUAUUGGGGGCAUAUUCAUUGUUCUGGCUGCUGGACUGGUCCUCUCUGUAUUUGUAGCCAUUGGAGAAUUUAUAUACAAAUCACGGAAGAACAGUGAUAUUGAACAGGCUUUUUGUUUCUUUUAUGGACUGAAGUGUAAACAAACCCAUCCAACCAACUCCACUUCUGGAACCACUUUAUCUACGGAUUUAGAAUGUGGCAAAUUAAUUCGAGAGGAGAGAGGGAUUCGGACACAGUCCUCAGUUCACACUGUGUAAUCAGUUAAAAAAAAAAAAAAGUGUGCCCAGUAGAAAUUGUUUCUGCUAAUUGGUAUUGUUGAUGAUAUCUGUAUCUUUUAAGCAUAAAUAGCCAUAAUUCUUUAUCCUUUCAAGGUAGCAAAACUCAUGGACUCUAGACACUGAAUUCAAUGCACUGAAAACAGAUGCACAUUCUGUGUUGAAACCGAGGUGUAUUAGGGGCAUAUAAACUUCAAUAUAUGUGUAUUUUCCAGAAUCUGCUAUACCAUCAAGAUAACGGUUAUCUUAGUUCUAUAUUUAUGUGUUAAAAAUAAGCAAGUCUUUCUUCAUGAAAAAGUAGAUGUAGAUUUUCAACAGUGCAAAGCAUAAAAACAAAAUGCUAGUAUGGUGGAAUUCUUUUUUAUCUUUGUGGACCUUUUGUUUUUCUUUUUUUUUAAACUCCUGUUUCCCUCUCCCUGUCCCUUCUGUUCUAUGUAGAUCCACAUAUUCAAACUACCCGAAACCCUAACUUUUGGUAGUAAGUCCAUAACAACGUUGACGUUCAACUCAAAUUGAUUCCACUAUUUAAAAUGUAUUAUUUACACAAAGACUCAAGGUGUCUUAUAUUUUAAAAAUUGAAAAACGUGAUCCAGAAAAUGGAAACUAAACUUGAACCCUCUGGCGUCACAGAAGAGCAUUAGCUAUGCUGAACUUCACUCAGAAAGGCACAACUCAGUCGAAAAUGAUUCUUGGGUCGAAAUUCAUUAACAUCAAGCUCUCACGUAACAUUUACCUGACAACCCUCUGUACGUUCAGAUCAUAGUAUGUUCAGAGUCUCCAAGGGACUGUGGUUUUUUUCAUGCUGCAGACUAUUUCUUGCAAGCUCCAGACAAACUCCUAAACUAGGAACUAACACAUAGCAUCUUCUAUUUUCCACUGACUCACUUUCACUAUGCAUUGACGAACAUCUUUUCACAAGAUGUAAUUUUAUUCCUUUCCUACUCACCCAGCAUAGAGUGGUUGUUCUCCUCACAAUCUUUUCUGAGCAUUAACACUUUCACGCUCAUUUCUUUGGAUGCUUUGUCAUUAUCAAUUCACUCCAAGUAUAUUAGGGAGAAGGGCAAGGAGGAGAAAAUAAAUAGAGGAAAGAAUUUCCAUACACAUUAGUUACAGAUCUCUAGAUUUAUUUUCCACCUGCAUUCAAAAUGUUGUAAAUAAUUCCCACUCUAACUCAGCUUGGUGACAUAAGAAACCAACUGCAUACUUAAUUUGUUGUGAUGGAGGAUGUCUGCCUGCCCUCUGAGCUUCUUUUCCUCUUCACAGUGCAUAGGGGAAUUGAGGAUGCCUUUCAUCUUCCCCCAGCAUGGGAUCAGUUGGUCUUUGUUCUCCUUAAUGGGAUUACCUUUUGACAUGUGAAGUUAGCCCCAAAACAUAUUUCUCAGAAUUAAAGAUAAGCCAUCUGUGCAAUCAUGUAGCAUUUUGCCUUCUCUUUGCUUAGCUUUAAAUGGGUUCCAAUUUUUGAACCACAGGUCCCUCCAGUCAAAACUAUAUUUCUCCAGUAACGCAUGUAUAGGAAAGUUGACUCCUGCCCUGAUUUUCUCAGUCUUGCUUUCUUCUUUAAAUAAAUGUGCUUUUAAGAAAAUAUCUCUAAAUUACACUAACAUUUAUCUACUGUUAUUAAAGUGAAAGCAGCACACUUUGUCCUGGGUCAGGGUUUACAUCUUCAUAAUCAAUAGAGGCAAACAUUGGAGUAUUUUAGUAUUCAGAAUUUAUUGAUUCUGUAUGUGGAAACCACAAAUUACAUGAGUUUAUCUUCCCAAGGACUAUUUAGUAAAUCAAAGAUGCUACCAAAAAAGUUCAAGGGUGAUUGAUGAAGUUGAGAUGAUCAAGGGGUUAGCGAUAACAAAAUCUGCUUUUCUACAGAGACUCUCCUUUGAAAGUGUAAUUCAGAGUUUGGGUAAACUUAAUAGUUGUGUGCCACUUUAAGAUGUAUACUACCUAUUUCUGAUAUUUAUAUCUUAUUUUACAGUUUUCAAAAUGUUUCGAAAUGAUACAGCAUUACAUUUAAUCCAUUCAACAAUUUUAUUUCAGCUUUACUAACAGAGAAAUAAACAGUCAGCAACCUGGAGUCCUAGAAUUUAGAAUUAUAGGAGAAUUUUCAAAAUCAACCAAACUUAGGUGCAGGUUCUAGUACAGCCACAUGCUGAAUCACAGUAGACAAGUGACUGCAUUUCUCAGAGCCUUUGUUUCUUAGUAGGUAAUAUUAGGACAUAAUUUCUCGGUCAUAAGGUACCAUUGACAAGUGUUAUUCAAAUUAGAUUUUCUGGUCAAGGAACCCAUGGAACACUACUCUAAACUUUCUUUAUGGCAUGAUAUCUCAGUGUUUUUAACAUGUUAUGAUGCAUUGGGAAUUUUCAACAAGAUUGGAAAGCAUUCAGUAUUUCCCAAACUUAUUAGAUAGCAGAAUCUGUUUUUCCCCCGAAGUAUCUUGACAGACCAUUUUCUACAGAUCAUACUCAGGGAAUGCUGGCUUGAUGAUACGUACCUCAUCCAGUGUUAUUGUACAAAACACAUUAACCAUGCCUGGCACAUCGUUGCCAUUCAGUAAACAAUGGUAUUGACGAUUGGGGGUAGUUUUUAAUUUCUCUGAGCCCUAGUUUCCUCAUUUGUAAAAUGAAGAUAAUUUGUUGACCUAUAUUUGCUUUGAGAAUUAAAUGAAAUUCUAUAAUGGUAUUGGAAAUAAGAUCAUUUAUAAGAAUUCUGUUAAUAGAUAUUGGUUAACAGAUAUUAGCCCCUUAUAGAGAAAUUAGGUAUUGCUAUCUGGUCAUGUGGCCAGUAAGUACAAUUUAUCAUGCAUCUUAAUACACAGUCUGUCUGGAAAAGAGGUUUUCCAAUUACAGGUUCAAACUCUCUCUAAAACCACUUUUCCUCACACAAUCAUUAAAAAUCAAGUUCAUUGCACCCCAGGGAAGGACCCAAACUGGCAACACAUGAGGAUCCAGUAGAAGUCAUGAACCUCAUCUCUAGAAAUUCUUAUUUGAUUAGUCUGGAAGGAGGGCAGGACAAUAGUUUUUUAAGGUAGUCGGUUGAUUUUACUGUGCAGUAGUGAUCUAAAGCAUAAUCUUAUGUGUGUAAUCAGCAUUCAAUAAUUCAUUGAUGUCUGUUGAUUGAUUCCAGAGGUACGACCACUAAUUCUAAGCCAAGAUAUAUUCACAUAUUUGGCAUUCAAUAUUCAAUAAACCCUUUAUAGAGAGAGUUCAAAAAUAAACUGCACAUCUUUGAGAUAAAAAUUUCAUUAUAUUCAAUUGAUGACCUUCAUGUUUAGUUAUAGUUGCUAGACCUACUCAAAAUGAUCAAAUAGGUAGUUUAAUUGGUCUCUGUGCCCUUUUUUCCCUUGAAGAACUUCUAUUCAUUUCAGAAACCAAGGCUCCUUACACUUCUUUUUCUUUUUAUACAUGCCCUAGACAACCAAUACUUGACAUCAAGUAAAUGACUGCUGAAACGACAGUGACUCCACCAGGGGCCAUUGCAUUUUAAGUGAAAUUUAGAAAAAAAGAACCUUGAACAUGAAAGAAAAAAUUCCAAACUCUGUUUUUUUUUGUCAUUAGUUCUCAGAACUUUGGUGUACCUCAGAAUCAACCGGGGAAAUUCUUUAAAAUAUGGAUUAUAGGUUCUACCUCCAUAGAUUGCUUCUCAGUGAGUGUAAUCCAGGAAUUGGUGACUUUUUAACAAAAUCUGAAAGCGAAUGCUUAAAAUUAGUUGUAGACAUUAGUUUCCAUUAAAAAAAAAUAGCUUCAAUAUAGCAGUUUUCUCCAAAAUUAGGUCAUGUACAUGAGUUUUUUUAGUACAAGAGAUUUUUUAAAAAUACCUUUCCUUACAUGAGCUUUUUUUCCCCCCAACAAUCUUAAAUACAGCUGUUUUACUUUAAAACUUUGGUAAGCAUGAGUUUUCUUUAAAGCUAGAUGGAACACAGCAAUUUGACUUCAAGUUAAGUGGUGAGGGUGAGAUUUUAUUAACAUUGGCAGGUUAUCUGUGGCUUAUACUUUGAGGAAUACUGUUUAAAGUUAGCAAGAGAGCAGAGAGGUGUUUGAAAAGAUUGAACAGUGCAUCGACAACUAUGGAGCAUCUAACGCUGUCUAAUCCAAUUCCUGACAAGCCUGUUUAUAAUCCAAUGCAAUAAGGAAAAAAAUAAAGUUUAUUUUGUCUUAGACUAAAAUUAGAAGUUGAAUUAUUUUAGAGUUUUUCCAGCAAAACUGCAACUACCUGAGGACACAUGGUGGGUAGAGAUCAUGCCCUUAGGAAAAUCAGCUGGAUUAUAUAGUUAUAAACUACCCCCCCCAAAAAAUAUUUCCAAAUACCUCAUUACAUUUGACUAGCAUUAUAUUAUGUUCUAUAUGAGCCAUCUAUGGCAAAGCAGCAAAACAAUGAAUCCCAAUUAGUUUCCAAGCCCGUGACCCUUUAUACUAUAAGGUCUAUUUCCCAGUAAGCAAUUUAAAAGUAGCCUGAACAGCCUUGAAAAGUAAAAGGAAAGCAAGGCAUUCCUACUUCUCGGACUAUUUUCUGCACAUCUGACUGUGCCAAAUGGCAUUAUUAAUUAACUCCUAUAGAUAAUGAAAAAUUUCUGCUUGAUGCUGCAGUUUUAACUUGCCUUUAGUAACCAUCUCAUUAUGCUUCCCGCAGUUAUGGAAUUUUAUGUCCAGAUGCACAGGCAUAUUAAAAUCAUUUUUGCUUUCAAAAUCCUCUCCGUAGAGACUGAUAUCAUGGAAAAUGGGAUUCUCCCUUAAAUUUUCAAAAAAAUUCUACUUACACAGAUGAGAACGUUUUGGUGAUAAAAGCCCAAAUGUUCUAUGUGGUUACACCCGCUACAAAAUCUGAACUUUGCAGUCGUCAACCCAAAUGGGGCUAAUUGGCCAAAUUGCACAACCCCACCAUGUCUCCGUGCUUCAGCGUAUACACCCAGAAACACACAAAAAGCAUGAGUAGGACCUGAGUGAUGGAAUAGAGUUACUGUCGCUCCUUUAUCUACUAAGCUUAAGUUAGCAAAACCAGGAUUUUCUUUGUAUCCAAUUUUUUAACUGAAGUGUUUAGACUUCAAAUAUUCAGAUUUUUCCAUUUCAAAAAAAGAUUGUUGCCCUGAUCAAUUUAGUCCUUACCAACCAUAGGAACUAAGAAACUACUGUCCCCAGGUAACCUACCCUAAUAUACAAUUAUCUUUUUUUUAUUUUUUUUUAAUGUUUAUUUAUUUUUGAGAGAGAGAGAGAGACAGGGUGCAAGUAGGAGAGGGGCAGAGAGUGAGAGGGAGACACAGAAUCCAAAGCAGGCUCCAGACUCUGAGCUGUCAGCAGAGAGCCCAUUGUGGGGCUCGAACUCACCAACUGUGAGAUCCUGACCUGAGCCAAAGUCAGACGCUUAAACUGACUGAGCCACCCAGGUGCCCCGAUAUGCAAUUAUCUUAAGUCCUAAGUAUCAGUUGGCACAUUAUCAGAUGCUUCCACACGUUCUCAUUCAUUUCUUCUGUAGUCAGAUCACUUUAUUUAGCAAGUCAUUUGGAGAAAUCUCAAUCAGUUUAUUUCUGUAAUUGUACAAAGAGGUUUUCCUUUGCCUGGAAACCCAAACAUUCAUCAAUUCACAGAGAGGCCAGGAAGCAAUUAACAUCCAUUUAGAAAUAACUUUUCCAGUGUAUAGUGGCAGUGUCUUAAAACCAAACAAAUUCUGAAAGGUGUAAAUGACUCAACAAAAACAUGACCUGGGAGUCACAAGCCAAGAGUUCAGGUCCCUGUGCUGCUACUGAAUAGCUAUGUGACUUUGGGCAAGUCGUUGUCCCUCUCUUAUUCUCAGUCUCCCCAGCUGUGACAUAAAGGGAUGACAUUUUUUUCUUUUUUUUUUUUAAGUUUAUCUAUUUAUUUUGAGAAAGAAACAGAGACAGUGAGCAGGGGAGGGGCAGAGAGAGGGGGAGAGAGAGAGAGAAUCCCAAGUAGGCUCCUUGUCAGCAAAGAGCUCGAUGUGGGGCUGAAACCCACAAACCAUGAGAUCAUGACCUGAGCCAAAAUCAAGAGUCAGACACUUAACUGACUGAGUCACCCAGGAGCCCCAAAGGGGUGAUAUUUAAAGUUCUCUGCAACCACAGUAAUUUUUUAAGUUUAAUAGAAAGUGGGAAGGAAAUAAAAAGAAGGAGGACCAAACAACAACAAAAAAAAGCUUGACCAAAUACCAAAUACAAAUAUAAAUAUGAUUGCGCAGUUACCUUAAACAUACUAAAUUUUUAUUGUCAUAGACAGAAUUACCUUUUCUUGCCAGUGCUGCAGGAUGAAAUGGUCUACUCUGGAUAAAGAGAAAACCGGCCAUCAUGGCAUCAAAGAGUGAAAAAGUUCUCAUCCAGUCAUAAGCAAAGUGUUACAAACACA